AUGCAAUGGAAAAUCCUCGAGCACGUGCCAAAACGGCGGGUUUCUUCAUCCCAGGCAGGGACUGUUCUCGGUGAAUUUGUCCAAGCGCCACAAGGCUGCGGUAAAAUUCUAACAGCAACCGCCUCUUUCCAAACCCUCGAAGACACAGUGGUAAGAUAUGCUAAUGGAAACAAGAGUAAUCAUAGCACUUAUGAAUACAUGCAUUUUGCAAGGCGCCAGCUGACAGCUUCCCCAAAAGAUUUUUCUGUUGACGGCUGCUAUCUGGCGAGAGUGGAAAUGAAAACUGGGAGCGAUAAACGCCACACUGGUUACAGAUUUUGCUCUCCAGGCAGUGCUGGCACGAACCUAAACUCUACGCACAACGUCAUUCCCAUAAUUACUUACAGCAGAAGUCGUGAUAUCAAAACCGUUUUGCGUUAUCGAAUCUGUACUACUUGA